UUGUGUUCAUUGAGAACGAGGUUUGACUGGCUAGACGUUGAGACCAGCCCCCCGUCUUUAUGAAGAUGGAAGACAACACACAGCAAAGAAUACACAUUUUAAUAUCGGGGAAUAAUCCCAAAUUGAGAUCGUCCAAUUGAUAAUAAAAGUUUGAGCCAGGUUAGUACCAUUCGGUAGCUAUCUACCAUUACCGAAUACAAAACAUCAUCAACUCCAAGCCUAGAUACAAUGUUAUCUGUCAUCAAAUCGUAUUCAGCUACCUAACCAGCAUCAAGCUGUAACCAACAGCAUUGUUUCCAGUGAUGUUUAAAGCUGUCUAGCCCCACCUCCUUGGCUGUGUGUGUGGAGUGCAGAUGGGGAAGUACUUCUGCAGUGAGACAGACAUCCUGAGUGCCUGGGAUCAGGUGCUGAGGGCCUUCUGGCUGCGCUACCCCAACCCCUUCAGCGCCCAUGUCCUGACGGAGGACGUGGUGUUCCGGGAGCUGACCGCAGACAGGCGCUUGUUGUCACGGCGACUGCUGACCAAGACCAAUCGCCUUCCUCGCUGGGCGGAGAAGGUAUUCCCAGCACACCUCUCCAGGUGUGUCUACAUUCUGGAAGAUUCUGUGGUCGACCCACACACACGCCAAAUGACCACAACCUCCUGGAACCUCAACCACAACACCCUGAUGACCAUAGUGGAGAGGUGUGUGUUUCAGCAGGAGGCUGAGAAGACUCACCUGAGGAGGGAAGCAUGGAUCUCCUCUGGAGUCUAUGGGCUCUCCAGACCUAUCCAGGAGUUUGGCCUGGCAAGGUUUAAGAGUAAUCAGAUGAAAGCUGUGAAGGGGCUGGAGCACGCACUCUCCAAACUGCAGAAGAUGCCCCCCUGUCUCCUUGGCGACCAGGAAUCAGACAAGCCAAAGUCCUUGCCGCCAUCAGCCGCCUCGACUACCCAGAAGCCUCAGCAGUUUGCAUGACCCCUGACCCCAACACUUGCUGGUUACACGCCUCUUUAUUUCCAGUAUAUCUGUAUCGACCAGAGCUAACACUCAGGAAACACUUCAAUGAUCAUUCAUACUUUAUUAUUUUUUCAUUAUUGGUUUUCAUAGUUGUAUCUGUGACAUCUAUUUUUAAUAUAUAUAAAUGUAAUUCUGCAGAGUUAUGAUUAGCCUAUGUUGAAUUUGAAACUUGUCUACUUUAAACAUGUUUGUGCAACUGACAGCGCAUGCCUCAUCAGAGCUAGUCAGCAGAUCGCUUUAUCAGUUACAAAUCUCAUAUCAAGUGUUCUCCUUCUGCCACACUCCCGUGUGCUUGGGAAACACAAACUUGUGACUAGAGAGAAGCAUUAAAUAAAAUAGUUUAAUAUGAGCAAUAUCAAUAAUGUGGCCGCCUCGGCAUUUAGCUACAAAUAUUGAAGAUGAUGUCCAUUAGACGUUUUAUACGUUGCGUAGAAAAGGAUAAAAUAAAAAGGAUUAAAGUAGCA